GUAAAGAUGGCGGGCACAACGUCCAUCGAAGAUAUUCUCUCUUCUGUGGUCGACGAAACUGCAGUAAGUGCCUUGAUUGGAUCGCUCGAGUCGAAAUUAGCUGCAGGAAAUGCUGCUUCAACACCUGGCACAAUUGAUAAUAGUUCUGUUGGCUCAAAUCACGUAAGCGAACCUGCAGUUUCGUCGGGGGAUGUAAAACCGACGCAGCCGAAUACAACACAAAUUAACGCGGUACGAGAUGGGCCAAUGGCAUCAACGGCUACCCCCGGUCCCAACGUCGUGAGCACGGCGGGUGCAUCCAACGUUACUAAUGCUGGUGGAAGUUCUACGGAUGCAAUGGUGCACGCUACAACUACAGCUUCUACAAAUUCAAAAGCUGGCCAUGAACAGAAAUCAGGAGCAACUAUCAUCGUUAACAAGGGAAGUAACGGGGCCGUUUUAAACAUGAGUAGCUCAAUAGCGGCAAGCAGCAGCAGCAAGACGAACUCCACAUCGUCGGUAGGGCUAAAUACACCAACUACGUGUGUACGGAUCAUUACAUUACCAACUAGUAUGGGUGGGACUGUUCUUGCCACAGAUACUGCUGCUAGUGUAAGUGCAAUGCAUAACCAAACUGUGAAGAAUACUGUCUUAUCAAACGCAAGAACAGUUGUUAAAACAGUUGGUGGUGUAUUAAAGCAAGGAGACCAAAAUGUAGUUGGACAGGGUGUGUUGAACCAGACUGGCACGGCAAUGACUACAGUUACAGGGAGUGUCUUAAGCACUGGCUCAUCACCCAGUACGGAAAUCAACAGACAAUCAACAACACAAAACACUUCUAAUCUUACAGUAAGGGAACAUUUAACAAGUGGUGCUAAGCAUAUUAUUGGUACAUCUACUGUUCCCUCACCGACGACACAUCCACUUCAAACUUCUACAAAUGUAAAUUUAACCACUUCUCAGCCACAGAUAGUCUUACGGCCUGCACCGUCGCUACAAGUGCAAACUUCUACUAAUCUUAAUAAACCAAAUGCUUCCAGCAGCUCAGUUGUAACCCUUGCAACAACUUCAAUAUCUGGGGUUAGAACUCAAAGUGGGGUUAUUUCAGGUCAUACUCAUGUUACGCCUCAGAUGCAUCAAGUAAGGUUAGCAUCCCCUCAAGUAAUUGCCCCAAGGGCCCCAGGAGGAACGGUACAGUUUCGAUUACCUCAGGGAACCUCAUUGCCUCCUGGUGUAAUGCUGAUCAAUAAAGAUGGCAACAUUCAUGCUGUAGUAAAUAGUUCCAUUGCAUCAGGUGGUCAAAUACAGCAGUUACCUACAGGGACAGUUCCAGGUGCUGUAACGUAUAGACAAGUACAGCCUGGGUCUCCUGCAUUACAAAGACCUGGAUCUCAACCAACAUCUAUUGUCCAACCCAAUAUGAGACAAAACAUUGGUCAAGUUCUCAACACCUCAAAUACAUCAAUGGGUCAGCUCAAGACAGGAACUCAAAUGAUGGUUGGAGGAUCUCCCGUUACAUUUAUAUCUAAAUCAGCCACUAGGGGAUCUCCCUCAUUAGGUAUGACUGGUCAAGGGGUGCGGUCAAAUACUCCAACAAUGGUAGCUGUAUCAUCAGGUGGUAUCAUGUCUGUAACAAUGGCUGGUGUACAACGUACAAUAACUACCCCUCCAGUAGGGGGACCAGCGCUUAUAGUCGGUGCCCAACCUCAGCCAAUACCUAUGUCACAGUCAGCGAUGGAAAAUGUCAAGAAAUGUCGGAAUUUCUUGACAACGUUAAUAAAACUGGCCUCGAAUGGGAACCAGCCGGCAGAAACAGUCAAGAAUGUGAAGGAGUUGGUACAGAAUUUGAUUGAUGGCAAGACCGAGCCAGAAGAGUUUACCUUAAAACUUCAAAAGGAAUUAAAGUCAUCUCCUCAACCUUACCUUAUACCCUUCUUGAAGAAAAGUCUACCUCUCCUUCGUCAGACUCUUCAGAAAGGAGGCUCUUUACAGAUUCAGGGUCUGAGUGCACCGACCAUCACAGCAGCACAGACCGGAGACUCAUUUACCCAUAGUAAUACAUUGUCUGGGAUUGCAGCAUCACAACCAACAUUGGUCUCAACACUUGCCACUGGUCCUGGUGGUAAGACCACAACGUUAAACUUGACUGCAGAGCAGCUGCAGCAACUAUCACAGCAACACCAUGCAGCUAAACAGAAGUCUAAGUUAGCGUCGUUGCAACCUCAAAGUCAAAAAUCCAAGGCUGUAAUAGCGAGUACAGCAAGUAAAUCUUCUCCUACGACACAUUCUAGUUCUUCAAGAUCAAGCCAAUCUAGUAAGAGUCACUCCAGUAAGUCUUCAGCCAGUAAGAGUAGCAGUUCUUCCUCUUCAAGUUCCAGUAAAAAAGACAAAGUUAAAGAUCAUGCCGCUUCAGGUUUCAAGGAAGAUGAUGACAUUAAUGAUGUAACCUCUAUGGCUGGAGUCAAUUUAUCAGAAGAGAGUGCUCGUAUCCUAGCAACCAAUGCUGACUUCAUUGGUACCCAGCUCAGGUCUAUUAAAGAAGAGAAGUUUCUUUUCACUGGUCCUCUUCAAUCUAAAGUCAAUGAAAUCUGUGUUAAACAUGGCAUACAAGAAGCAUCUUCAGACAUGAUGGAACUCAUAUCACAUGCUGCUCAAGAUAGACUUAAAGAUUUAGUUGAGAAACUUGGAGUUAUUGCCAUGCAUAGAAUGGAGGUAUAUAGGAAUGACUCUAGAUAUGAAGUAACAAGUGAUGUAAGAUCACAACUCAAGUUCUUUGAGCAACUUGAUUCAUUGGAAAGGAAACGUCGAGAUGAGCAGGAACGAGAACUCUUGUUACGAGCAGCUAAGAGUCGAUCAAAACAAGAAGACCCAGAACAGUUGAGAUUAAAACAGAAGGCUAAAGAAAUGCAACAAAUGGAGCUAGAACAGAUCCGGCAGCAGGAGGCCAACAUGACAGCCUUAGCUGCCAUUGGACCUAGGAAGAAACGUAAACUGGAUUCACCAACACCAGGGUCAUCUUCAGGGGCUGGUUCUUCAUUUAGUACUGGAAGUUCAUCAGGAAAUCCUUCAGCAAGAUCACAGAUGCGACGUAUCAAGAGAGUAAACUUCCGAGAUCUCAUCUUCCUCAUGGAACAGGAACAAGAAAUGAAGAAGUCACAAUUCUUCUUCAGGAUGUUUCUGAAGUAGCACUCUUUCUUCCCAAACCCAGUGAUAGUAUCCAUUAUUUUUAUUAUUACAUAUCAAAAUAUGUAUCUUAAACAGUGUGCACUUGAAAUUUGUUUAACUCAUAUACAAAUACCUUGAAGGGAUGGUACCAUGUUGGUACAUGAACAGGGAAAUUUUUUGAGCCCUAUUCGUAUCUUAACAGACUUCAAGAUAUAUAUAUAUAUAUUUUUUUUUAGCCUUCAAGAAAGACUGUGCUAGGGUCGAAACAUCAGGCCAUUAACUAUUUUUUGCAAGUGAAAUUUUUAUCACAAUCGAGCCUCAUUUCUUGAGAAAGAUUUGGUUAGCAGUUAGCAACAUCUGGUUUCUUUAGCUUCUUUGCACACUUGAUUAAACGCACUUGUAAACAAUGCUAAUUAUAUUAUUGCCAAAUUUAACGCUUUUGUAUUCUUUGCUGAAUUAAACAUACCUGUUAACAAUGUUAUAAUCAGUAGAGCUAGAAGGUAGCACUUUUACAGAUGACCCAUACACAUUGCUGUAAAAACAACUAGACCCCUAAAGGGAAGUUAAGUUGGGGGAGUCUGUUUGCUGGCGUCUAAUUUUUCAUGAUUGUCGCACUGGGGUCCCGAUUGCAGUUUUCUUGAAGAAGACUUAAGUUUGAAAAGUUGACAAAAAUCAAUAAUGAAUGGAGGGUCAAUUUUUAUUCAGGAAUUAUUAACUCAGCAAAGUAAUAUGAAUCAGGUAGAAAAAGUUGAACUGAGUUCCAAAUCAGUGAUCUCAAUCGGCAUAAUUCAAUUUCUAAUUUGUUUUUGUUGAUGUGAUGUAUCUUCAAUUGUUUCUCCUACUUGCAGCCUUUGAGGCAAUACUAUGAGUUACUUGAGCAACUCUAUGGUGAUGAAACUUUGACAUGUUAUUUGAUUAAUAUCACGUUAUUUAAUAGUUUGUGGUUACAAUGAGUUGAUACUUCAAUGAUUGACAUUGUAUCUUUGCAUUCAAGAACAUUAAUCACUUUAGCACAAACACUUCAGAAAUAACUAAUUUUACACCUCAAUAUGUUGUAAGUGCGUAUUGUCACAGAAUCUAAUGCUGAGUAGGAAUCUGGACUGUACUAUUUCAUUAGACAAAGCCGAGUGAAGUGGAAAGCCAGGGGGACCAAGUGAUUAUAUUCUGUGACGUGCACAAACGAAAUACAUUCAACAUUUGACCACCUAGAUCCUUGUCAUUUGAAACUUUCUUUUGACAAUAAACUAAAAAUAGACACAGAAAUUUGUUUACCCCAAACUCUUCUUAACAACUUGGACACCAAUCUCAUUCGUCAUGACACAAGCUUACCUCAUUUGGACUAAAAUGCAGGAAAUGAUUAUUAAGUUGAAAAUGAUGCUGCGAAGCAUUCUAUAAUUAUCCAUAUAUCAUUCCUGUAUUAAAUAUUUGGAGGGUCUGUGACAAGGAUCUAUGUGAAGCAAAAGUAUGGCAUUAUUCUAAAUGAAAAACAUUUCAGAUACCUGUUCUUUCUUCAGUCAAUAAUCACAACAUAAUUUUUUUAUGACUGAUUUUUUGGGAGAAAUUAUUUCUCAAAGAAGACACAAUUUUCAUAGAAUCCAUGCACUUUAGACAGACUUGACUGAGAGAAUUAAACAAUUCGCACUUACUAGUACUUCCUUUUUUGACAAUUAGUUGUUAAUCUUAAUUUUUUUAAAGUUUGCUUGCUUCAUUUAUAACCAUUGUGACAAGGUGAUACCUUAUGCAUAAAUGAACCUAGUUAAGCAAUGUUGAGUUAA